AUGGCGGUGGCACCAAGGCGGUGCGGUAGUCGGGCGAGGCGGAAGGUGGAGGACUUGUUGGGCAUGAGUGCAUGGGAUCUAUGGCUUCCAAUUUCUCGCAUGUGGGAUGCCAUGGAUCUCAGCCCGCCCUCUUCAUUCUCAAGGGACGCCAACACAAGGGUUGAUUGGAAGGAAAUCCUUGAAGCUCAUAUCUUCACAACUGAUUUGCCAGGACUGAGGAAGGAGGACUUGAAAAUCAAUUUGGUGGAGAAGAAUACCCUGCGAAUAAGCGGGAAGAGGUACAAAGAACAAGAAGAAAAGACGGAUCAGUGGCACCUUGUUGAGCGUUCGAGCGGGCGGUUUAUGAGGCAAUUCCGUCUGCCUGAAAAUGUGAAUGUGGACGGCAUUUCGGCAAAGCUUGAGAAUGGGGUUUUGACUGUGAAUGCUCCCAAAACACACCCUGAUGCUGCAAACAACAUCAUCAAUGCAAGAAUGAUGAUGAACGGGGUUUUGACUGUGAAUGCUCCCAAAGCACUUAAAUGCAAGAAUCAAAACACACCCUCAUGCUUCUAA